CUCCCUGCCAUGUCGUAAUCGCUCCGCCGCGGCCGGGCCGCAUGCGCCGCCGCAGCCCCUUGGUUGGUGGCGGCGCGGUGAGGGCCGGGCCGGUCGGCGAUGGCGGCGGGACGCGGCGGCGGCUGGGGGUGGAUGUUGGUUGUGCCUCUCUUGCUUGUCGCGCUGCAGUUGGCGGGCGGCGCCUCGGCCGGUGCCCUGCCUGUAGUCAUCAACACCUGGGCGUUUAGGAAGGCGGCAGAGACAGCUUGGAGAGUGUUGCAGUUGGGAGGUUCUGAGCUGGAUGCGGUGGAGAGAGGCUGUGGUCAGUGUGAGAUUGACCAAUGCGAUGGGAGCGUGGGAUAUGGAGGAAGCCCAGAUGAAAGUGGAGAAACAACACUGGACGCAAUGAUUAUGGAUGGUAACACUAUGGAAGUUGGGGCAGUUGCGGAUCUCAGACAUGUAAAAAAUGCAAUUGGUGUAGCGCGAAAGGUCAUUGAAUACACUAAGCAUACAUUGUUAGUGGGAGAGUCAGCCUCCCUGUUUGCUGUAAAAAUGGGGUUUCCAUAUGAAGAUUUAACUACCCAAGAAUCUCUUUCGGUGUAUUCAAAGUGGCUCGGUCAAGACUGUCAGCCAAACUACUGGAAGAAUGUGGUACCAGACUCUUCAAAAUCCUGUGGACCAUACAAACGGCCUGAAAACGUAACUUCUAAAGCAGAACAGACCAUCUCAGAAAGAAGUGUUCAUAAUCAUGAUACAAUUGGUAUGGUUGUAAUCGGUAGGAGCGGAACUGUUGCUUCUGGGACAUCUACUAAUGGUGCAGUCCAUAAAAUUCCAGGCCGUGUAGGAGAUUCUCCAAUAGCUGGAGCAGGAUCCUAUGCAGAUAGUACAGCUGGAGGAGCUGCAGCCACUGGGGAUGGUGACGUCAUGAUGCGUUUCUUACCCAGCUAUCUAGCUGUGGAGUAUAUGAGGAUGGGCAUAGACCCAGCAGUAGCCUGUCAGAAAGUUAUUUCCAGAAUCCAGAAGUAUGCCCCGAAUUUCUUUGGCGCUGUAAUAUGUGCCAAUACAACUGGAAGUUAUGGUGCUGCAUGUAAUAAAAUUCCAGGAUUCACUCAGUUUCACUUCAUGGUUUCUAGCCCUUUGCUAAGUCAGCCAACUGAGCAAGUAGUAGAUUGUAUUUAAUUUCUUUUUGUCCUAUUAUACUAGCAUCUAAACUUAAGAGGAGGAAAGUGCUAAGGUUCCCAAGGUGUUACUGUUUUAAAUGGUUGUUCAUUUUCACUGUUGCAUAAUCAUGCAGACCAAGUGCAAAGGUAUGUUGAUGGUGCAGCUACUACUUCACUGUUUUUAAUAUCUUCUACUUCAUUAUGGCUUUGUGUAGUGCAACUAAACUUAAUCUGUGGUUUCCUAACCUAUUUAUUUUGGUAAUUUAUUUCUAAAUGAUUGUAGACUGGUGCUGUAAUCUAGGGCAGAGGUGUCAAACUCAUUUUCACCAGGGGCCACAUCAGCCUCGCGGUUGCCGUCAAAGGGACGAAUGUCAUUUUAGGACUGUACACCAGAUCUAGAGCAAGAUUUAAAAAACUGACUUGAUGUACUUCGAGGGAAGUGAACAUAGUUGCAAGAAUAUAGUUAGUCCUGACACUUUGACAGUUAGCAUAGGCAACUCUGUUUAAAAUCUUCAUCUAAGUGAAAUGGCUGAAACUGAUGUGCUUCACUACUGAGGUCUUUUAAGUAACAAAUUUAGUAGGCAUUACCUUAAAGUCCAGCUCAAUUCUUAAACUUUUGAAAACCUGACAAUCAAACUGUGGUUCUAAAUACUACAAAAAGUUCCGUUGUAUAUUUACUUCCAAGGAAUGCCAAGUUUCACCUGCUUUUUGGGGAAAGUAGAGCUUUGGUCACUUGAGAGAAGAAAAAUAAAUACAAACACCUACUUUCAAAGCGAGCUUAUAAAGUGAUCAGGUGGUCAUAUGCAUGCGAAGAGACUCAGCAUAUAAUGGCUAUUCUAGUCUGUCUGUUUUCAUAAGAACUAAGUAGCCAAAAGUGAAGAAUAUAUUUGGCAGAUAUCUGGAAUAAAGGGCGGGGAGUGGGAGAGGCUCUGCCUCUACAUGUGGUACUUAUUCUGAGAAUAUUUAAUUGUCCUUCUAAGAUUUAGUCCAGGUUUUCUUUUCUCUGGAAAAGAAAAUCGUGUGCAAAUGCUGAUAAACAAGGAAAGGGAGUUGAAGAGUAACUGAGAAGAUUUCAUAGUUUUAAUUUAGGGAUAAGGAUGAUCUCUUUGUGGAUGCUUCUAACUUGUUUCACAGCAGAGGAAUACAUUUGAAUAGAGGGGACAUCCAAACAUCCUUGGUAGUACAAGCCUUCACGGAGUAUUGUGUUGACUCUAACUGGAUAUGAAGACAGGUGGAAAUCUUUCUGUGACCUUUUUUCUGUAGCAGAAGUAAUGAAUCUUAAUCACAGUGAUUUCCUUGUCACUAAUAUGCUGUGUGCUUGCCCUUCCCUGUAGCACAUUUACUUCUGCAAAGGAGCAGUUGCAUACAGAGAUCAUGACAGUUACCUACAGCUGGUUUUGUCACUUUCUGUGUCUAGAGUGUAAUAAAAGUUCAGCAUCUUGAGGAUUGUUCUAUAGUAUUUGAAGAGCUGUUAGAUCACCUUCUUAACUUUGUGGCUUGCUGAUCAUUUGAUUGAAUAUUUUCUAAAUUUGAGCCAGGAAAAGUUAAAAGGGGGGAGUGAGUAAAAUGAGGAUGUUUUAUCAUAAACACUUUAUUCUUUGCUUACUUGAAUAAAAUCAUUGGGUAAUAAAAGCAGACCUUAAUCUAUCAUUUAUAUAUAUAUAUAUGUAUGUUGCUUGUGUACUGUGCCUUACAAUAAUUGUUGCUUUAUGUUCCAAGUUGAUAUCUUUAAAAGCUGGAAAAAAACAUUCAAACUAGAAUAGCCAUCUUUAAUGGUCUGCUGAUGAACUUCAUCAACAAAGUCAUUUAUUUGGAGGAUUCACUUUGGUCACUGGAUCUUUAGAGCACCUUGUAGCACAGAGUUCACUAUAGGCCAUAGCAAGCUUUAGUCAAAGAAGCUCUUACUGAAUGUAUCUGUAGUGGUUUGAGAUAAGUUUUCUGCCUGUUCUAUGUACAACCUUUCUGCCAUGGUUGCUGUAUCUUCAGAUAACUAAGCAGUCAAGUGCAAAUAGCUUAAUAAAAUCCCAAUUAUUGUUACUUUGAAGAUAGCAUUGUGGCUUGUCAACAUAGAAGGUUCAGUACUGGCAGCUGGGUGGUAACAUCUCAGACUGCUGAAGCUGAGUCCACCAGGAUUCAUUUUUGUGAGAGGUUGGUACAUCCAUGCCUUGCUUUCUAGUGUCCUUAUGCCACUCUGUGCUAGCUAGAGGUACCUUGAAGUCACUGUUACAAUUUUAACUUACUGCAUAAUCAGCUCUUCUAUACAUAAACUUGUCUCUGUAAGAUAUAUGUACUAAUACAUAUGGUUUAAUAAAAUAGGUUGAUUUGUCAUGCUGAAUUAGUUAUCAUAAAUGAAAGGGUUAGUCUGUGUAAAUUAAUGUAAUAUAUUGAUAAUUUGGCAGUAUAUUAAAUUAUAAUAUUGAUAAAUGUGCCGCUCAGAUGUUAUGGACAGAAUUCUCAAUUAAAAAAAAAAAAUUUGCUUAAUGUUUUGUCUUUAAAAUAUUUCUUUAAAGGUUGAUAGUAGUAGUCCUGCUCUCUUGUGCUUAGCAGACACAUGAUUUUUUUUAAGAAAGUUUUUUACAAGUACAAACUCUUGCCCAAAGUAAGCAAAACCUCUAUGACAGUUGCUGCUGUGGUUGAAAAAAAAAAUAAGUCAUUGAUAGUGAUUUCAAGGAACUUUCUAUUUUUAAGGUUUUACUUCUGAACUUUUACUACAAAUUGGAGGAAAAAACCUACACAGAAUAUGAAUGUUUACAAGUUAGUGGCACAGUUCAAUGUAUCCUGUAUGUAAAGUUGUGGGGGGUUUUUAAAGCUAACUGUGUUUUAAGUUCAUUAUCUUCUAGCUAGCCUGCUUUUUUCUAUUUCUAAAACUUCUUACCAAAUUGUCGCUUCAUCCAUUGUAGACAGAAACAGAAUCUUAGCUCAAUUAUCUGAAUAAUAAAGCCAACUGUAGCUUGUUUUUGCAUGACACUGAAUUGUUCUUUAAUAAAGCAGUCUAUAUGAACCCUG